AGUCUGACAGAGAGUUGACAAAGUAAGAUUUGGUGCCCAGUUGAAAAUCUACAUUUGUUUGGGGAGUUUGCAGUGACUGAAAUUUGUGGAAUUUUAUCUCAAUCAGUGUUUAUUUGUGCGAUAUCACAAAAACAAUCGAGCAUCUUUGGUGAUUCAGCGCGAGUGACAAUUGCGAGAGUCACGGUGUUCUCACGGCGAGACAGUGAAAAAAGAGUGCUUACAGAGGGGCCCCUCCAGUGUGUCGCCCAAAAAAACAGUGAUUUGUGAUCCGUGGAACCACGUCAAAAUUUGUGUUCUGUGCAGAAAAUCGUGGCAUCUGCUCUAUUGAGCACGAAAGUACACUUCCGGAAGUCUGCAAGGCAGCUGGGCGCUUCUCACCCACACUGCGCUUUCCAUUGUUUUGCCAAAGUGAAAGACGCCCGUCCCGGAGAGUGAGAGAAAGAGAGGCUCUGAAUUUGGGGCGAAAUUUGGCGGUGUGGCCGCGGCCCAGACAAUGGCCGGAUACCGUUGCAGCGAAUAGUUGAAGCGGGCCCGAAAUAGUGAAUAACUGUUCUCUCCAGCACACCUCUUUUGCGCCGUUCGCGGGUGGCGGAGCGCCCCGUGACACAAUGUUCAACUUCAUCAAGAAGGAGAAGUCCGACAGGGACGAGAAGGAGCGCCGGAAGCGCGAGAAGAAGCUGCGGAAGGAGGCGAAGCAGGGUGUCUCCGGCGGCAGUAUGUCCACGGAGGAGCUGCUGCGCCUGGACGAGGUUCGACGAUCACUAAAAAUUCGUGGAAGGCGAAAGGAGAAGGAAAAAUUGCCAAGUGGAAUAACAGCUGACUACAGUGCUGAAUUCUUCGCACAAUUGGACAUUGAUCGUGGUGUUGAGAUGGAUCGUGGUACUGAAGAAGUGUUGGCCACGGCAAAUACAACAAUAGACAACAAUGGCUAUUCGUAUAAGCAAAUUGCCUACAACAUUUCUCAGUCGGACAGUUCAGAAAAUUCCUUGCAGUCGCUCAAAUCGCGACUUUUGCCCCCAGUUCCACCCAAACCGCCGAAGCGGGGCAUUCUCAAAGGACCGCGCAUCAAUGUGGCGUCAACCAUUGAGGAGUCUUCCAACAUUCCAUCGCCAGAUUCAUCGUCAAUCCUCAUGAGAAAUACAUUGCAGAAUGAGGUGAUUGCGUAUCACAAUCUACCAACGAAGGGUUUCGCAGAUAGUGAGAAUCAACACAACGCAUCGAUGAUGAAUACACUCCACAUCAUAACAUCUCCGUCGCCAAGUGCCGAGAGCUUGACUGACACGACAACAAAUUCAUCUUUCGCCACGCCACCCUUUUCAUUGAGUCCCGUUGGCGAGUCUCAGGGCCUCCAUCGAUGGUCACGCGUGCAGGCAUUUGAAGAAAUUAGCCUGCCACUGCCGGCCAUCAAGUUGGUGAAUCUUCCGGCACCGAGGGAGUUGGUGAUUAAGCGCCAAAAGACACCACGCAAUGAUUUUGGCUUCAGUCUGAGAAAAGCCAUCUGUUUAGAUCGUUCUGCUUCUCUAUUUUCACCCGUGUUCCGGCCUGUCAUUUUUGCGGAACCUGGUGCACAAGGAAAUGCCACUGGACUCCUGCCUGGAGAUCGACUCAUCAAAGUGAAUGGCAUUUCCGUUGAGGAUUUGCCGCGGGAGACAAUAAUUGAGAUGAUCCGCAAUAGUGGCGAAAGUGUGACUGUUCAGGUGCAACCAGUUGGUGAGUUGGUGGAGCUCUCGAGGCGAUGCAUGACAAAUUCCAGCGAUGAAACUGAUCGUAUUGGCACUAGUGUGUCUAAUUGCAACACUCUAAGACGAAGUGCAAGCAAGAGAUUCAAAACUGAGACCAAAAUCGAGGGUGACGAUGGUCCAUGGACAACGACAAAUGGCGAAAGUGUAUGGUUGAUCCAUCGCGGUGGCUUUUGCGCUGCAACGAGAUUCCUGCAGAAGAAUCCAGGCGAUGGCGGUGGAAAAGUACUCAUUGAGCUGCAACACAGUGGCGAGCAACUGCAGGUGGACGAGGAUGACAUUGAGAAGGCGAAUCCAUCGAAGUUAGACCUGGUGGAGGAUAUUUGCCAACUGAAGCAUCUCAAUGAGGCGUCGGUGCUGCAUUGUCUACGUCAGAGAUAUGCCAGCAACCUCAUUCACACCAAAGCGGGACCCACUUUGAUGGUGGUCAAUCCCAUGGCUCCAUUGUCUCUCUACUCUGAAAAGGUGGUGUCAAUGUUUCGUGGAUGCAAGACUGAGGAUAUGCCUCCGCAUGUUUACUCACUGGCACAGACCGCCUACAGGACAAUGCUCGAGACGAGACGUGACCAAAGUUUAAUAUUUAUGGGACGUUCCGGUUCCGGGAAAACAACAAGCUUUAAGCACGCACUGUACUACUUGGCUCUGGCUGCAGGUUCUGUGAACAAAUUAUUGACUGCUGAAAAGGUGAACGCAAUAAAUACAAUUUUAGAGGCAUUUGGCAAUGCAAAGACCUGCAUGAAUUCAAAUGCAACGAGAUUUACCCAGAUCCUCAGUCUCGACUUUGAUCACAGUGGGCAAAUUGCGUCGGCAUCAGUGCAGGUGUUGCUUCUGGAGCGAAGUCGCUGUGGGAGACGCAUCGGGAAUGACUGCACUUUUCAUGUUCUGACGAGAUUACUGAUCGGUGCCGAGGGGAGUCUGCAGAAGGAGCUCCACUUGGACAAUGUUUCGUCAGAUGAGAGUAAUCCCUUUAUUCAGUUACCGCAGAAAUUGGAGGAUAGACAGAAGGCAUCGUCGGAAUUUGUGAGAUUAGUUCAGGCAUUCGCCAUGCUCAAUGUUGAGGCAUCAUCUGUAAAAGCUCUAUGGCACGUUUUGGCGGCAAUUUAUCAUCUGGGUGUGGCGGGUGUUACCAAGAUUGGGGUUGGUGCCACGGCAAGGACACAAUUUGCCAAUCCAUCCGCCGCGAGGAGGGCUGCAACAUUGUUGGGCAUCUCAAUGGAAGAUCUGACGAGUGCCGCCUUUCAAAGUGGCAGCAGUAGUCCGGCCAGAUCGCCCACAGACAGUGCUGAGGCCUCAUGGGAUGGUCUGGAGGCACUUAUAGUGGGAUUGUACUCGGAAACGAUGGCGGCCGUUGUGAGUCUCGUAAAUAAAGCCAUUUCAACGUCAGCACACACAAUUGCAUCAAUCUUGUUGCUCGAUUCACCAGGAUUUCAAAAUCCUGCAAGCUGUGGCCAACAAUCCGGAGCCACUUUGUCAGAUUUGCGCCACAAUUAUCUGCAAGAGCGUCUCCAAUUGCUGUUCCACCAUGUAACACUUGUUGCUCCCCGUGAUCGCUAUGCUCAAGAGCUCGUAGAGCUCGAUGGUGAAGGCGUUCCAGAGAUGAAUCCCGCUCAGUUGGUGUCUUUGAUUGAUAAAGCACCACAGAGUCAUGUUGUGAGAACUUCUCAGCGAGAUCUACGUGAGCAAGAUCGUCGAGGACUCUUAUGGCUACUUGAUGAGGAAUCUAUCUAUCCUAAUUCUAAUGAUGACACCUUUUAUGAGAGACUGUUUAAUCAUUAUGGCGAUCGUGAGCAUCAGAAUUUGUUGAGACGCGCCGGUGGAAGUCGACAGUUUAUCCUUCAACAUCUGCAGGGAACGAAUCCCGUGCUUUAUUCUGCCACAGGAUGGCUCAAGGCUUCGAAGGAGCAUCCUGCCACGAAAGCGGCUACUACAUUGGUGCAGGACAGCUCAAAGGAGGAUAUCAGUAGAUUGUUCAUCUCAGCAUUUGGCCGUGGCAAUGGAGCGGUAUUCUGUGGAUCAAUUGCCGGCAUGGAGGGAUCACAGUCACUAAGGCGUGUGUCAAGUAUUCGACGAUCUUUCACCACGGCUGGGGUGAAGAGGAAUUCCGUGAUGUUGCAGGUGAAGUUCACAGUUGAUGGGAUUGUUGACACUUUCCGACGCACGGGCACCCACUUUGUGCACUGCUUCAUGCUGCAGCACAACGCUGGAACGACAAAUGCCAACAGUCAGACCAGUCCUCAGCACACCAGUGAAGACAUUGUCAAUAUUCCGCUCGUGAGGAGUCAGCUGAGGGGAUCACAAAUUGUCGAUGCGGCACGAUUACAUCGGCUGGGCUUCCCGGAAUCUGUGCCACUACACGAGUUUAUUCGGCGCUUCGGUCUCCUGGGUGAUGUUCAGGUGAAGGAUCAAAGUGUAGAGCAAAUCCUGUCAUCCAAUGAGAUUGACUCAUCGACAUACCGCAUUGGGCCGAGUCAGGUGCUCUUCCGUUCCGGCGUUCUGGGUCAGCUGGAGGCGAAACGCGAUGAAUUGCUCUCUGACCGCAUCAUUCAGUUCCAGGCGUACUGUCGUGGCUAUUUGGCUAGACGCCGAGUGGCUCAGAGGAGAGUUCAGGAAUUGGCGGUAAGAUGUAUCCAGCGCAAUGUCCGGGCAUUCCUCACGGUCCGUGAUUGGCCGUGGUGGCGUCUUUUGGUACGAGUGACCCCAUUGCUCAAUGUUCAUCGCACGGAGGAGCAACUGAAAGCGGCCAACGAUGAAUUGCAGACGCUAAGAGCGAAAUUGGACAAAAUCGAGACGGAGCGAGCUACACUCAAGGCAGAAAAUGAGAAAUUAGAGGCCAAGCUGUCGGAAAUGACUGUGGACUUGGCUGAAGAGCGUUCUACGGCCAAUUUGGCCAGCGAACGUCUUGAGGCGGAAGCGGCGGAGAGGCUGAAGUUGGAGAAGGAAUUGCAGGAGCAACACGGAAAAAUUCGCACCCUUCAGGAGUCAUCGGAAAAGCUGGAAAUGGAGUUGAUUUGUGCCAAAUCCGAUCUCAAUGGAAUCUCGGAGGAUGAGGAUGGUGAUAAUGAUGAUGUUGGUGGUGUCUACAAGUUGAAGUACGAACGUGUUGCACGUGAACUUGAAUUCACAAAGAGACGCCUUCAGACUCAGCACGAGCACGACUUGGAGCAAUUAGUGGGGCUGAAGAAGCAACUGGAAAAGAAAUUGGCAGAUGCAUAUGAGGAGGUAGAGGAGCAGCGACAAGUUGUUGGUCAGUGGAAGCGAAAAGCACAGAAGAUGACGAAUGAGAUGAAUGACUUGCGAAUGCUACUGGAUGAGCAGAAUAGUCGUAAUAAUUUGCUGGAGAAGAGACAACGGAAGUUCGAUUCGGAGUGUCAGUCACUGCAGGAGGGAGCUCGUCAGGAGAAGCAAUCGAAGGAUCGCUUGGCACGUGAGAAGGAUAUUCUGAUAGCGGAGAAAUUCACAUUGGAACAGAAUUUGGCGGAUACGCGUCUUGAGUUGGAGCUUAAGGAGGAGAAAUUGUCAUCACUGCAGCGAGAACUGGAGGAAAUGACUUUCGGUGGUGGAACUGAAGAGGAAGUGGCUCAGCUGAAACGAUCUAAGCUUGAGCUGGAGCGUCGAAACAAGGAGCAAGAGGAGGAACUUGAUGAAAUGGCAGGACAAGUUCAGCUAUUGGAACAGGCGAAAUUACGAUUGGAAAUGACACUGGAGACGAUGCGAAAAGAAGCAAGACGGGAGGCUCAACAGCGCGAUGAUGAGCUUGAGGAGGCUCGAGGGGCGUCAUACAAGAAAAUAAAGGCUUUAGAGUGUCAGCUGGAGACUGAACAUGAGGAGAGAACACUUCUUCUUCGAGAGAAGCAUGAAUUGGAGAGAAGAUUGGCGGCUGCAGCGGAGCAGGAUCGCGCCGAUAGAGCUGCCGAAGAGUCAGCUAUUCAGAAGUUGAAGCGGGAUUUGCGAAAGUACAAGGCUCUGCUCAAGGAUGCCCAAUCGCAAUUGGAGCGCGCCAAGGCAGAUUCACCGGGUAAGGUGCUGAUUCGUCAGCUGAGGAAUCAAAUUGAGGACGCUGAGGCGGCACGCACUAUUGCCGUGAAGGCACGCCAGACGGCUGAGACAGAGUUGAGUGAUCUUCAGUCAUUGCUGGAGGAAACGCAGCGGUCGAAGAGUGAUGCUGAAGAGAAAGCCAGUCAGGCGAAUCGCGAUCGGUCAGAGCUUCAGGCGCAAAUUGAGGAGAAUGAGGAGGAGAUGGCUGAACUUAUGAAGAAGUACACAGCCACCGUGAAGCAACUCAACACGGAACAGAUGGCAUCAUCAGAGUAUGAAAUCAAAAUCAGUGAACUGGAGGCUGAGAAGAAUUCGCUGAAGGAGCAAAUUGCCGAGCUCACGGCCAGAGUGGAGAAUGUGGAGAAUAUGAGUGAUCCAUCGGCCAGUGUUCUCACGAAGAGAUUGGAGUUGAGGACGAAGGAGUUGGAGUCUAAGUUAGAUUUGGAGCAAGCGACUAAGGCGCGUGUGGAGGUGCAGUGCAAUCGCCACAAGGAAGCCUUAGAGAAGUUACAACAGGAGAUGAAUCUUGUGAGGGCUAAAGAGAUGCAAUCACAAGAGUCACUCAAGAAGACACAGAAGAAUUUGAGGGAACUCAAGGAAGAGCUACAGACAGUGUCAAAUCGUGACCAGGAGAGUGCGAUCAAGCGGAAAGAUCUGGAGAAGCGUCUGGAGGCUGCGGAGUCUGAGUGUGCGAGUGCCAAGAAUGAUCUACGAUUGGCUCUGCUGCGAAUUACCGACUUACAAUCAGCCAUGGAGGAAGGCGAUGAAGAUCCAACAGACAGUGAUCAGGACAGUGACAGUACGGACGAUUCGUUGAGUGACUUAGAACAACGGCUGAAUCCCAUUCGUCCUCGUCUCACCAGUCGGAUUGCUGUCAAAGAGACUAACGGGGUAGCAGAUGACGCGCUUGUGAUCCGUGAAGGAAAAUCAGACAACGGACCAAGGAUCUCUGUUGCCUUGUCACCAUCGUCUUCAUCGCACGGAAAUGGUGACACGUCGUAUGCUUAAAGAGGAGUUAAUAAUAAUAUUAUAAUGAAAUUUUUCGUAGAAACUUUUCUAUCCGACAUACAUAUUUUGGUAGAGUAUACUUAAUGAAUUAAUGAAGAAAAAAACCAAGUAUAUAGGAGUAAUAUAUAUAUGAAAACUAUUGUAAUUUUUUCACAUAUAUAUAAAUGAAAUAUUUAUUAGAACUGUGUAUCAAUAUUUUAGAUCUUAUUAUUACAAUAUCAUCUCUCAAUGCUUAUGAACAAAUUAUUAAACGAUGAACGAGGUUGGGAGGAAAGAAUAAAAGUCUUAUAUUCAAAAUAUUGAGUACUUGUUAAUAAUUUUAUUUAAUUUUAUGUAAAUUUUAUAAAUAUUGUAUACUCCCGCUAUUUAAAACAUUUAUAUAUUAAAAAAAAAAGAAUCGUUUUACUUUUCAUUCAAUAUACCUUCUUAUACUUGUAUUUGUUCUCUUAUACAUAUAUAUCAGAAAAAAUAGAAAAUUCACUUUCUUUUAACUAAAACGCCCAAAUGUUUAGAAAAAAAGGGGCAAAAGGAAUGGCAAUGAGAGAAGAAGAAACGUGUCAGAACAACGAAACAAUCCGGCUAAAUUAAGAUGAAUAAAAUGUACAAAAGGAUAACGUCAGAGCUCUUUUUCUUUAACGCUGCUGAAUUGUUAAGAAAAAUUGCAGCUCACCGAGAAAAGAUGCAAGCAAAUUGUAAUUACGAAUAACAAUCUGAGAUAACAACACUACUAGUCCUUUCGUUGUGUAUUUAUUGUCUUAAUUAAUUUGCUUCCAACGCCUGACAUAAUACCAUUUUUUCUGUGAGUGACACGUUUUUUUUUUAAAUUAUCUAACAAAAUAUAGACAGAAUUAAUAAUCAUAAUUCAUAUCAGAAGAAAGAGAAAAAAGAAGACGAGGAAGGUGUUUGUUUACUUGCAGAAGGAGUUGAAGAUUGUUGAAUUUCUCGUCUAUUAGUUCAGAAAUAUAA